AUGACACAAAAAUCUUACUAUAAAUUGGUCCCAAACUCUUCCUAUAAAUCUAUUCUGCAAUCUUCCAUACAGAACAUUAGAUUUAUAUCUCCCAUGGAAAGAAAGCCCUUAGUCAUUGUAACGCCACUGAAUGAUUUUCACGUUCAGUCAGCUGUUAUUUGUGCGAAAUCCAAUGGCUUUCAGAUCAGAGUUAGAUCCGGAGGUCAUGAUUAUGAGGGCCUUUCUUCUAUUUCCUCUUAUCACCAGCCAUUUGUUAUUGUUGACAUGAGGAAUCUGAGUGGAAUAUCCAUCGAUACUGAGAGUAAAACGGCCAGGAUUGGAGUUGGAGUACGUCUUGGUGAACUCUAUCAUGCGAUUGCUGAGAAGAAUCCCAAUCUUGGCUUUCCUGCAGGGACGUGUCCUACCGUAGGAGCUGGUGGACACAUUAGUGGGGGAGGAGAAGCACAUUGA